AUGAUUCAACCCGGUACAUCGAGCGCAACGCAAAUCCGUGCUUAUCAUGGCCGCCGCGAGACCCCAGGUACAACCGAAACGGGCGAUCAGAAUACGGGCGAGGCCGAUUCGAGCUCUCUUCCUACUGCAUCUGAUCCGGAUCUGCCGCAUCUUACACCUUCACAAAAUGUCCACAUGACCAAGAUCAGCAAAAAGCCAGUCACGGAAAGACUUGCAACUGCCAGCUGCAUAGUGAGCUUCUCCAACCCCCGCCCAUGGGAGUUGCUUCGCGAGGGCCGAGGGACUCGAAAAGGAGACGUGUUCAGCGUUGCUCGCAUCGCCGGUAUCAUGGCGGCCAAGAAGACGCCUGAUCUCAUUCCGUUAUGUCAUCCAGGUAUCGGGAUCACGGGAGUUGAGGUAGACGUCAAGUUAAUUGAUCCCUUGCCGUCCGAGAAGGGAGCGGACGAGUCGACGAAACAUGGGGCAAUGCGAGUCGUGGCUACGGUGAGCUGCCUCGGCCGAACGGGGGUGGAAAUGGAAGCCAUGACCGCGACAAUGGGAGCUGCGCUGACGGUGUACGAUAUGCUCAAAGCCGUGGACAAAGGGAUGGUGGUGGGCGGCGUGCAGCUGUUGGAAAAGAAAGGCGGCAAGAGUGGACAUUGGAUUCGCAAGAACGAGGUGAGCGAGGUGGAGUCGGAGGGAAGAUGA